AGGAGCCGCCUCUGCCAGGGGAGUCGCGCGAACUGAGACGUCCGGUCCCGGUGCGACCCGGUCGGGUCGGAGGUUUGAGCCCAGGCACCCUAGCCCAAGAGUUAGGAUGUGGAUGCACCAUUUAAUCAGCAACCAUUCACUGAACAGUCACUGUGGACCAGGCCCUGGGCUGGGCACUGCGGGGAGAAAGAGGACAAGACUGGCCUCCAGGCCUGAGCAGCUCACUGUCUGGUGCGGGGAGACCUGUAGACAGGCAGUUACUGUGCCACAGAGCUGAGGACUCAGAGGCAGAGGCCACCAUGGAGCAGUGUGCGAGUGUGGAGAGGGAGGUGGACAGGGUCCUGCAGAAGUUCCUGACCUACGGGCAGCACUGCGAGCAGAGCCUGGAGGAGCUGCUGCACUACGUGGGCCAGCUGAGGGCUGAGCUGGCCAGCGCAGCCCUCCAGGGGACCCCUCUGUCAGCCACCCUCUCCCUGGUGAUGUCCCAGUGCUGCCGGAAGAUCAAAGACACCGUGCAGAAACUGGCUUCGGACCAUAAGGACAUUCACAGCAGCGUCUCCCGAGUGGGCAAAGCCAUCGACAGGAACUUUGACUCUGAGAUUUGCGGCGUCGUCUCCGAUGCGGUGUGGGACUCUCGGGAGAAGCAGCAGCAGGUCCUGCAGAUGGCCAUUGUGGAGCACCUGUACCAGCAGGGUAUGCUGAGCGUUGCCGAGGAGCUGUGCCAGGAGUCAACACUGAACGUGGACUUGGACUUUAAGCAGCCUUUCCUCGAGUUGAAUCGAAUCCUGGAAGCUCUGCACGAACAAGACCUAGGGCCGGCAUUGGAAUGGGCUGUCUCCCACAGGCAGCGCCUGCUCGAGCUCAACAGCUCCCUGGAGUUCAAGCUGCACCGCCUACACUUCAUCCGCCUCCUGGCAGGCGGCCCUGAGAAGCAGCUGGAGGCCCUCAGCUAUGCCCGGCACUUUCAGCCGUUUGCACGGCUGCACCAGCGAGAGAUCCAGGUGAUGAUGGGCAGCCUGGUGUACCUGCGGCUGGGCUUGGAGAAGUCCCCUUACUGCCACCUCCUGGACAACAGCCACUGGGCAGAGAUCUGCGAGACCUUUACCCGGGAUGCUUGUUCCCUGCUGGGGCUCUCGGUGGAGUCGCCCCUCAGUGUCAGCUUUGCUUCUGGCUGUGUGGCGCUGCCUGUGCUGAUGAACAUUAAGGCUGUGAUUGAGCAGAGGCAGUGCACGGGGGUCUGGAGUCACAAGGACGAGCUACCGAUUGAGAUUGAACUGGGCAUGAAGUGCUGGUACCACUCGGUGUUCGCCUGCCCCAUCCUCCGGCAGCAGACGUCAGAUUCCAACCCUCCCAUCAAGCUCAUCUGUGGCCACGUGAUCUCCCGAGACGCCCUCAACAAGCUCAUCAAUGGAGGAAAGCUGAAGUGUCCCUACUGCCCCAUGGAGCAGAACCCAGCCGAUGGGAAACGCAUCAUAUUCUGAUACCUGCCUCGAAGGAACUUUGUCAGAAGGGCUUUCCACCCAUGAGCCUUGCUCUGUCCCGGUGGGGGUGGCUAGCUUCAGUGGACUGUGGUUCAUUUCCGAACAACUGGCUGAGCGCCACCGUGGGCGGAGGCCAAGAAGGGAGAUGAACCCGUCUGUGCCAGGCAGCCAGCUCCUUGGCCGGAAGGACAGGAAGACACUGGCCUCGGCACUCCCGCGGUUGCCCUGUUUCUCUCGGCCAGUGACUUCGUAGCAGCCCACAGAGAAGCAAAGCACUUGGCCAGCAAUGCAGACCUUUUCAGCCCUGCCCCCAGCACCGCGCCCGCCCCUCCCACUGUAUGUAUCCAGUCCCCACUGUAAAUAGUCCGGUUCGAACCGAAUGCCCUGGUUUUAUAACUGAGCAAAUAUAUUCACAGGCCUUCUCCUUA